AUUUCAAUUGCCGUGGGUUGGUUGGAUUGCAUGAGUAUUAAGUUUUUUCAUAUAUAAGUCAUCUUAUGCUACAUAAAAAAGCACGAAAUAAAUACCAAAACCAUUAAUUUAGCGUUCUCUGUUUUGUAGUGUACACUUUGGCUCUGUUGUUGCUUUGUAAUUUGAUCUUUGAUCCCAACAAUAGUAAAGCUCAACGAAAUGUCAAGUCACAGUGCUUCAUGCUCAAGUGACAUUUCAGUCGACCUAACCGAUGUCUUUCGAAGUAUGAUACUGAACAAGCGUUUCGUGUUGUGGGAUGAUUUUGAAAGCGCCUUAAAAGAGUUCCAAAAAGUAUGGAAUUAUAAUUUUAUCGCUUCUCAGACUGCUUAUACUCGUUACAUCCACACAGAAAGCAGAUUGCUGAAGGAUGUCAGGUUCAAAUACCUGUUUGUAACGUUUAAUUGUACGUUUGGUCGUGAACGGAAAUCGGAAGGUGUGAAAGUGAGGCAAAAAUCGUAAGAUCCUUAACUAAUAUCUUAUGUUUAAGGUCUAAAUUCCGUAAUUGUCAAUCUAAAUUCCGUGUAAGGCUAAAGGAGCAAGGAUAUGUCAUCAAAUCCUACAACAUGCUCCACAAUCAUCCAUGUAGUAGCUCAUGGAUGGUAUGUGAUCCAUGGACAAGGAGAUUAUCGUCAGAAGAAAAAGAGAACUUGAAGCCCGUAAUACUUCACUGUGAGUCAGCGGAUGAAGUUAUCGAAAGUAUUAAGGAGAGAAUGACGUCAACUAGAAGAAGUAUCGAAGAUCAACGUCUUAUACCCCUGCCAAACAUUUUGACACCAUUCGCAAGAUCUAAAUUGUUAUACGAACUUAAACAAAUGCGUUUCGUCUACGUGGAAUAUGAAAGCGGCGACUGGUUGUUUAUGGUUGACCGCGGACAACAUUAUGGAGUGGAUGUAAGCAGUUGUCAAUGCAAUUGUAGCAUGUUUAUGAUGUGUCGAUAUCCCUGCCGUCACAUGCUACUUGCCUACGUUAAAAGACGAAAUCUUACAGCUCAUCAACUUCUUAGGUAUUGUAGCAGAUGUAAGUUACAUAAUACCCAGAACUUCCAAAAUAAUACAUUAACUGCAGUACCACGACCGAGUGAAGUGUAUAUAAGUAUUCAACGAAGCCAAAGAAUCCAUAAGCAUCGCAUCAUUGAAAAGUAUGGUGAACGUUUCGCAACGGAAGUUGAGAAGAAAGUAGACAAUUAUUACUUAAGAAUUCUUAAUACCAACUUGUAAACUUGAUUUUCUGCUUUAGCAGCAAUGAUUAUUCAAUAAACGUUCAUAGUUUUAAUU